AUGUCAAACCUUUGGAACAUCGAAAUGAACAAACAGAACAGCAAUACCAAAUGCUUCGAAGUUCUUGACUGGCUGAAUAGAACUACACUCGACAUUAUCGGACGCGCUGGCCUUGGGACAGAUAUCGACUCUCUGACGAAUCCUGAAGCCCCUCUGCGUGACGCUUACCGCCGAUGUUUCGAGUUUGACAUCCAAGCGCGGGUUAUUAACGGCCUCGCAGCGUUUACACCAUUAGUUCGGUUACUUCCAGUCAGAGCCAACCGCGACAUGGCCAAAGCGCGCAGUAUCAUCCUUGAUCACGCAACUCGGAUCAUUUACAAUAAGGCUUCAACUGAAGAGGAGAGCUCAAAAGUGCACCAUAAGGAUAUAAUCGGAUUGAUCGUGAAGAAUAAUUUGACAGCAUCAAAAGAGGAUUUUUUAACAGUUGAGACGAUGCGAGAUCAAGUCAUGACUUUUCUAGGAGCUGGACACGACACAACUGCUACCACGGCUGCAUGGACACUUCUCUUACUCGCCAAAAAUCCUGAAAUCCAAGGCAGAUUGCGGAAUGAAAUUCGUUCGCACAUGCCCUUCCUGUUCGACGCAGACACUCGAGAAGACGUUAGUAAGGUUAACCAUGCAGAUGUUGAUCUCCUGCCAUAUCUUGAGGAUGUUUGCAAAGAGUCGCUCCGUUAUAUCCCGUCUAUCCCUAUGACAGUUCGCAAGACCAUUGAAGACGACACGUUGGGCGGAUAUUUUGUACCAGGUGGAACCACGAUCUAUUUAAUGGCAAACUGUAUCAAUCGUUUACCGACAUACUGGGGAGAUACUGCGAACACCUUUGACCCUACGCGGUGGAAAAAUCUUCCUGAUACGUACACCACAAAUGCAUUUAUGACAUUCUUGCAAGGGCCCAGAGGUUGCGUUGGGCGAAAGUUUGCGGAGGUUGAAAUGAAGACAAUAUUAUGCGCGUUGCUGAGCAAGUAUACGUUUGAGCUUGAUGCGAACGUGCAAGACCCCGAGGAGUUGAAGAUGUGGCGAUUGGUAUUGAGGCCACGAGAUGGCGUGAGCCUGAAGGUGUCACUACUAAACUGA